AUGUCGCACUCACCUACGUUAGAGCCCCCUCGCAAGAGUAUCGAGCUUGAAGAUCCUGGAGCCCAUGAGCUAGAUUCUUCGGAAGCUGAGACUGAUGUUUUCGCCGAUGCUCAGGAAGAUAGAGCCUCUCAUUCUACCCCUGGCUCACCAAUCCCGGCUACGAGAGUGGAGAAGGUUGAUGACAGAGAAAGCUACGGCGAAGUCCCUGGAACAGCAGCCUAUAAGCUCAGAGAACAAGAUGCGGUCCCAGAUACUGUCGAAGUAGUGCCUGAAGGGCGAAGCAGGUCUAGAGGAACUAGUGAAGUCUCUCAGCCGGCAGGUCCUGCUCGAGGCCAAAUACCUAAGACUAUAGUUGAGAAAAUCGACCCACUAUCUCCAAGUCACGGUGAUGUUCCUGGAACUGCGGCACAUUCUAAGCGUAAGGCAGACGCAGUGCCUGAUGUGAUAAGGCCGGCUUCACAGGGAGGCGAUGACAGAACAAAAGAAGACCUCCCAGGGCCCAAGACUGCUGAUGUUCCAAUACCCACCACGGUGAUUACUAAGGUAGACUCUAAGCCAUCGCAUGGAGAAGUUCCAGGAACAGAAGCCCACAGCAUUAGGCAAGGAGAUGCAAAACCGGACAUAGUAGAAAAGAAAGGCGAUGUCCACAGUGAGAGAGCCAAACUAAGUAAACAAAGAUUCAAAAUAGCUAGCGUAAGCCGGGGUAGACACGAUGGCACCGAACUUUCGUCUAUUGCAGCCGACGGAGGCUUUGGCCCGAUGGGCUCCGAAUCCGAAACUGAAAGCACUGAUGUCGGUGGGUCACAUGCAGGUGAAAUGACUAUGACAAGUGAUGAACAAGACAAUGAGGAAUCAGAAGAAGGGUUUGGUGACGACUUUGACGAUUUCGAGGCGGGAGAUGAAGACGAAGAUUUUGGGGAUUUCGAUCAGGGGACUCAGCAGUCUUCUAUACCUAGCUCCACAACACCUAGAAAAGAUGCACAAGCUCAUCAGACACAGUCAUUACCACUCCCAAACGUCCCAUUUUCGUUACUCGACUUUAGCGAUAUCGAUACCUUUGACGACAUUAAAGGCGCAAUCAAACCAUAUCUUGACGAGAUAUUCCCAGCAACAAAAGAGCCUUACCCAGACCCCCCAGCGCCGCUCCCUAGCACGAACUCCAUUUUCCUUACGGAACGAAGCCACUCGCUUUGGUCCCAACUGGUCGCACCGCCACCUCUUCAACCACCCAAUUGGGUGCGCUCCCGAAUACGUCGCCUGUUCCUUGUGUCGUUAGGGGUUCCGGUAGACCUAGAUGAGAUUCUACCAGCCUCCAAGCAGAAAAAGCUCGUCUUGCCAUCGAUACAUGCCCGCAGUGGCUCAUCAUCACCGGCACGAGGUCAGCGAACAGGAUCCCGAGUACGUCUAAAGCAAGAUAAUGCGUCGUCCACGUCAAUCGACAAGGCAGGCACCUCGGGCAAGAGUAAGCGAAGAAAAGGGCCAAUUCCCCCACCCGAGCUAGACUUGCAAGCAGCCAAGAUGCUCUGCGCUACUACUGAAGCUGCCUUAUCCAAUAUGACUGAUGAGGAGCUCCUUACACACAAGAAAAGGCUCGACGAAGUAACAGCUAAAGCAAGUGAAGUACUGGAGUAUUGGCUCAAGCGAAGGGACAGCGCCUUGGGGGAUAAGGAAGCAUUUGAGGGCGUGAUAGAAAACCUAGUGAAACAUGCCAGACGAGUUCGUAAAUAG